AUGGCGGCGCCCGCGGUCAUGACAUAGUUACGUGUGAUGCGUUUAAACGACGUGACUGAUAACGCAUAUUGUAGUAUUAAUCAUUAAAAUCAGAUACUAAAGCCGCCCCCAUUCAUACACCAUGGGGUUGAAUCGCCUGUGCGGACAGUUUCGUCUCCUUUUGCAGCAAAGACUCUUCCAUAAUAGGUCCACGUCGGUGUAUGUGUCACCGAGCAGCCCCGGUGUGUCCAGCGGGGGUCACCAGGUGUGUUUACCCGGGCUGUUCAGCAGGAUAUUUCUGCAGAAGGGAAGCCGCCUCGGUGCCGCUCAUAGCCAGCUAGCAGCCCGUCGCAGCCUCUGCACCUCCACGCAGCCCUCCAGAGAUGUGAUCCUGUACGAGCACGACGGGACCCGCUUCACCCGCCUCCUCGCCGGUUUCUGCGGCGGACAGUUCCUCUUCUGGACAUACCUGAGUCACUUCGCCUUCACCGGGCUCAGAGACGCGGGGGCCGCCUUGGAGAAAGCAAAGAGCAAAGCAUCCACCACCACCACCGGGCUGGCUGGGAUGUGGAGUUUCGAAAUGAACCUGAGCUCCAGCGCCUGGAGGUACGGCUUCACCCUGGGGUGCCUGGCUAUAGGAGGGGGGAUAGGAGGGAUGGGGCUUUUGUUCUGCAGGCGCUCUGUGAGCCAGGUGGUUUUACACCAAGGUGGGAGGAUGGUGACAGUUUGCACACAGUCACUCAUGGGACCUGGACGAGGCAGGAAAAUAAAACUCCCUCUGUCCCAGGUGGCCUGUCACGCUCACAGACAGGAGACCCCCUCAUUCAUCCCUCUCAGGGUCAAAGGUCACAAGUUCUACUAUCUUCUGGACAAAGGGGGGACAGUGACCAACGCUAAACUGUUUGAUGUAACUGUUGGGGCAUACCGAUCACUCUGAGUGAUUGAAACACUUGUCAAAUAGUUUUAACAAAUUUUGGAAAGGAUGGGUCGAGUUUGUCAAACCGUGUAACACCUCUGAUUCUCUGCUAAAAUCAUGAAUAAGGUGACAUAAUUGAGUGUAAGAAGUUGGACUUUUUUCAUGUCAUUUGCGCCAUCUCUUUUGUUAAGGAUUAAAUAUUUACAAAAAAAAGUGUGAGGCCUUAUAUUUGUUGGUUCUCUACUCCUAAAUAAAAAGAGGAAUAUCCAAAUGAAAAACACUUGUCUACAGAUGUGAUUUUACAGUGCUUCCAAAUAAAUACAUUUUCUUCUUUUUAUUUUUUCUUCUCGCUGAAAUAAAAUCUACAAGAUCAAAUAUGGACUGCUGUAAAUUAAUUU